CUGGCUACUACAUUAGUCGUGCAGUUUAGAUAAAACGACUGUGUAACCACGUGGGUGUAAACAAACAAUACAUAAGCUGCUGUUAGCUAGUUUUUCGGACACGGAUACCUUCUUGAAAACGGGGGAUUCAUCGUAUUUUCAGUUCCGGAUGGAGAUAUUUGGAAGCACGUUUGACGACUCGGUGUUUCUGGAGGCUAAAAGCCGAGUCUCCGUCACUCUGUCCCCCUAUAACGCCAAACUGUGCGAACCGGAGUGGUUUUGUGACAGUGCUGCUCUCGAUACAGACGACUCUUUAGAGAGGCAGAAAGUCUACAAGUUCAGAGCUGACCUGGCUGUGAGACAGGGGAACUAUCAGAAAGCCUUAGAUGCAUACAGCAGCUGCCUGGAGUGGAUCGCUGACAACAACCUGACCAUCAGGAGAGAUGUACUGGAGGGAAUGGCCCGAUGCUGCACCAGACUGGGACAGAAGGACAGGGCACUGGAGUUGGCAGAAAUACUGAGUAAAGAAGCCUCCAACACCUGUCACCUGACCAGCCUCCUGCUGCUCAAGGUCACCAUCUACCAGCAUUUUGGAGUGGUAGGAUCCACAAUGUUGUGUCUGCAGCAGCUGUGUAACCUGCUGCCCUUCAACCCCUGGCACUGGUACAACCUGGGACAGACGUGUCUGCAGCUGCUGGAGAGCAAAACAACCACAGGAUCAUGUCCCCCACAGAGGUGUGAAUCAACAGAGGAGCAGAAUGAUGGCGAGACUGAGGAACAACAGGAGGCCGCAGACUGUGAUGAGGACAGAAUCUGGCUGAAAGCUUGCACCUGUUUCAUCAGGACGCGACUUCUGUUGAGGAUCCUUCGGCAGCAGCAGUCCUCCUUUGUGCUGCAGCGCAGUGAAAACGCCCUCCAGACAACAGAUGAUGUUUUACAGCGGCUAAAUCCCAAAGACUCAACCCUGCAGGCUAUCACUGAGGUGAUGUCAGAGGACCUGAUCCCAGAGAAAAUGAGGGAGGACAACCAGGACGGGGAGAGUUUGACCAAUUUUUGUCUUCAGAGCUUCAGGGAGCGCUGGUGGAACAAGAUCUUACUGACUGGAGCCCUAGAGACUGACGGCAGUCAACAUCGGGUGCAAACAGACACAUAGUCUUGAUGCUUCAUUGAUACCUGUUUACAGAGAACAUGUUGAAGAUGCUCCUGUUACUGUGAGCAAAAGACCCAGACUGAAUGAACUGAAAGCCAGAUCUAGCUCCUAAAACAGGAGCAGACAUUAGGUCUGCGGCUGCCAGACCUAAUUGAUACCACAACAAUUCCUCAUACAAGUGACAAUACGCGGGUCACAAACACAGCUCAACUGCUUUUUACGUUUAAUGCUGACAGUCUCAGAAUACCAAAAUCACUGUUCAGAGGUAUAUAAAUGUCACAGAAUGUUUCAUGUUCGUCUAAAGCACAAGGAGAACUGCACAGUGAAUGUUAAUCUUACAGUGUCAAACAUACAUGGACCCAUCCGUGUUGCAUCCACCUCAUACUUUGUUACAUAAUACAGGACAGUGGUUCUGUUCUGCAUUGAGACAGGAAACAAGGUGAGACAAUAUAAAGUCUUUGAAUGCUCUGCCUCAAAUGUAAAGUAUGCCUUAACAUGUUCAUAUCUUAAUCAUUUUCAUUAAACAAUUGCAUUUUG